GACAGGAAAAGAAAAAACCGCGACAAAAAUCAAAAUAAAGCUAACGAGCUGGGGACGCGCUAAAAUAGAAAGAGCAAAUUUUUGCAUUAAAACACUGUCCCAAGUACUGAUAUUAAGUUUGUAAAGUUAAUUUAUAGCACAGCAUGCCACGACCGUCGCAAUCUCAAAGCCAAAGAUCAUCGACUGCGGAUCGCCCGAAUGCAACGCAAGAGGUCGACGAAGCACAUCUCAUCACCUGUAUGGUAAAAACGAUCCUGAAUCUCUCGAUCAACAAAUCGAUCAUUAAGCGAAGCGAUAUUAGUCACAUCGCCCUAAAAGGGGACAGCCGACUGUACACCAGACUCAUGCCGGAAGUGCUGUUUGAGCUGGAAUCGGUCUAUGGCUACCAGCUGGUCGACGUCGAAAGCAAGGGCCAAAAGGCGAUGAUCCUGUGCUCCACCUUCGAGACGAGCUCGCUGGACGAGCUGAGCGAAAGCUAUCGCCGCCGGUACACCUUUCUGUUUCUCAUACUGGGCUACAUCUUCAUGAAGAACGGGGCCGUGCCGGAAGCUUUGCUGUGGGAUUUUUUGCAUUCGGUCGGCAUCGAGGAGCAGCAGGAGCACGAGUGCUUCGGGGACCCGCGCAAGCAGUUCGAGCUGUUCAUCAAACAGGCGUACCUGACGCGCACCAAGCAAUCGGUCGAAGGCAUGCCCGAGGAAAGCGUCUUCCUGAGCUGGGGCGUGCGGGCGAAACACGAGGUGUCGAAGAAGGCGGUACUGGAUGCGAUCUGCAAGCUGAUGAACCGCAAACCGACCGACUUCAAAACGCAAUACAUCGAGACGCAAGCGGAAACGAGCGAGUCGGUGGAGGACGAUAUGGACGAGUCAGAAUAAAGAAACGGGGCUUGGGAAAGGCCGCUGUUUUGAAAACAAAA